AUGAGUAAAAUUAAAAAACGUUGUAUAUUAGAACAAUUUUAUAUGAUGUCAGUUGCUAUGUAUUUGUAUGACUUUGAUUCAUUAAAGUUAUUCUGUUGUGUUAAUAAAAAAUGUGAAGGAGCUACAAGUAACUUAAAAAUUAAUCCUAAUUUUCAAGACUCAUUAUAUUAUAGAAGGAAAUGGUCAUUUAGUAUGAUUUCUUCAUUUCCAUUAGAACAAAUUAAAAGUUAUCCAUUAUUUGAUAUAUUUCAUGAAGGUUGUGGUAAUAAUGAUUUAUUUAAAGAAAUACAACCUAAAAUUACUUCACUAGAAUUUAUUUUUAAUGGAAGGUUUGAAGGUACUGCUUACAUGCCGUUGUUAAAAAAAUUAAAAGUUAUGUUUUUAAAUGAUGGUAAUUCUUUGGCCUCUUUACACUUUCAUGUAAAUUCACUUAUUUCUAUUCUUUCACAAAAAACUAUUGGUUCUCUUAACCAUUUUAUUAUUAUUUGUUUUGGGUUGGAUGAUUGUUUUAUUCCUUUAUUACAAACUGUUCAGUCAAUAUAUCCAUCUUGUCAAAUUGCGAUUUGUGUUAAAGGCUCAGUUUCUAUUUCAGUAGCAACGAAAUUCACUCCUUUUGCUACAAUUAUUCAAACCUCAAAAGAGGCUAUGUUUUAUGGAGAAUUAGAUAAAGAAUUACGUGUUGUUGCUCUUCAAGAAAUUCAUUAA